AUGGUUGGGGAUCAGCCUGUAUGUCCACCUCAGCUCCUGCUGCGGGGCUGGGGAGCUGUGCUGCUGUCUCAGUGUUUGUCCUCCGUGUCCUCCCAGAUCCCGGAUCCUGAGCUUUUGCCCACAGAUCCCCCGAAGAAGCCGGACCCUGUCAACUCAGAGACUGUUGUUUUCUGGGGGCUGCGGUUAUGGCAGGUCAUCGCCAUCUUUUCUGUGUUUGUUUUAGCAGUUGUUAUCACUCUGUGUUGUAUUUUUAAAUGUCGAAUUCCGAGAACCAAAAAGGAAAUCGAGGCACGGCACGCACAAAGACAGGCCGCCAAGAAAUACGCCAACACAUUAGAGACAGUGCCACCUCUGAAUGAGCUCACUGAGAUCCCAGGAUCUGCAAAAGCAGACGAAAAAGAGGAGGUGUCAACAGUCUCCGGAAAAGUGGAUGCUGAUAAAGGAGAGAAGAAGACAAAGGAGGGCAAGAAAGAGGGAAAGGGUGCCAAAGAAGGAAAAGGAGAUGAAAAGGAUGCAUCAUCCAAGAAGGGUGAAAAAGGUGAAAAGGGAGCAUCUAAGAAGGAAGCGGGUGAAGGGAAAGGGAAGAAAUCUGGAGAAAAGGGAGACAAAGGGGAAAAAGGAGAAAAAGGAGGCAAAGGAGAAAAAGGAGGCAAAGGAGGGGCGAAGGGGGGAGCCAAGAAAGCUCAAAAGUGAACUCAACCCUCAGUGGAUGAACACUGAAAAAUACCAUUUCAUAUUUUUCACUGAGA